CCUCCCCUCCCCAUUUUCUCGUCUUUCUCAUUUCAACUUCUCUCUCUUCACUCUCAAAGAUCACAUUUACCCUUUCUAGUUCCAGUCCGGAGCACCUCCAAAAACCUACACCGGCCGGCCGAUCGACAGUCUCUCCGGUAUUAACCGGAAGGUGAAUUUCGCUAAUAAUCGAUUUGUAUCAUUACCGCACACAAAUCAAGCUAAAUUUGCAGGCGUUUUAUGGACAUUACCAUAUAAUGACCGAGAAUACGUCCGUUGUGGAGUUGAGAGAGCGGCACGUGUCCGCUGUGGAUACUGUAAACACUCUCAGAGAACGAUUGAGACAGAGGCGACUUCAGCUUCUAGAUACAGAUGUUGCUGCAUAUUCUGAAUCGCAAGGGAAGACUCCGGUCAGAUUUGGUCCGACCGAUCUGGUCUGCUGUAGGAUUUUGCAGGGGCAUACUGGAAAGGUAUACUCACUAGACUGGACGCCUGAAAGGAAUCGCAUAGUGAGUGCAUCCCAAGAUGGAAGACUGAUUGUGUGGAAUGCUCUCACUAGCCAGAAAACUCAUUCAAUAAAAUUGCCAUGUGCUUGGGUAAUGACAUGCGCAUUCUCACCAACCGGGCAAACUGUUGCUUGUGGAGGCCUCGACAGCGUAUGCUCCAUCUUCAAUCUGAAUUCCUCAACUGAAAAGGAUGGCAUUCUGCCUGUUUCAAGAACCCUAAGUGGGCAUAAGGGUUAUAUCUCUUGCUGUCAAUAUGUUCCUGACGAAGAUACACAUCUGAUAACCAGUUCUGGCGACAAAACUUGCGUUUUGUGGGAUAUAACCACCGGAUUGAGAACUUCUGUUUUUGGAGGUGAAUUUCAGUCUGGCCAUACUGCUGAUGUGACGAGUGUGUCAAUCAGCGGAGCAAACUCAAAAAUGUUUGUGUCUGGUUCUUGUGACUCCACUGCUCGAUUGUGGGAUACUCGAGUUGCUAGUCGAGCGGUUAGGACAUUUUAUGGACAUGAGGCAGAUGUCAGCACUGUUAAGUUUUUCCCUGACGGUAACAGAUUUGGAACGGGAUCUGAUGAUGGCACUUGCAGAUUAUUUGAUAUUAGAACAGGGCACGAGAUCCAAGUUUAUAACCAACCACACGAGGGAGGUGAAAAUCCUCAAGUGACAUCCAUAGCAUUCUCCAUAUCAGGAAGGCUUCUCUUUGCUGGGUACACUAAUGGGGAUUGCUAUGUAUACGACACUUUAUUGGCUCAGGUUGUGUUGAACUUGGGAAGUCUCCAAAGCUCUCAUCAGAAUCGAAUCAGCUGUUUGGGUUUGUCUGCUGAUGGAAGCGCCUUAUGUACAGGAAGUUGGGAUACAAAUUUGAAGAUUUGGGCAUUUGGUGGAAACAGGCAAAUUAUUUGAAUGGUAUUUUCAAGUGGAUUUUCUUCCCAACUUAACAGUGGAAGUCGAUAUAUAAGUGGUGAUUUCCUUGAAACGUAAAAUGCUUUAAUGGACGAUUGUUUGUAGCGAGAAUCUCGGGCUUAGUAUAUCUGGUAAGUGUAUUUUCCUGCUUUUUAUGGUGUUGGGUAUCAGCUUAUUUAGAUUUCUUUGGUCCAGUGUGAAUACUAACUUGAAUUAUGACAAAUUGUGUGUUUUCAAUAACUUAUCUAAUUUUAUCACAC